GUCGGCAGCAGUGAGGUGUGUGAGGCAGACCUGGCCAGGACUCGGCGGAGGCACCAGUCAUCGUCUCACCAUCACCACGGCUCCCACUUCACCAUCAUCAUACAUCACCAUCCAUCUCACCGUCAGAGAAGGAAGUUCAGCGGGAUGAGGACCCACGGCUGCCUCCUGCUGCUGCCGCUUCUGCUGGCACCGCUGGUGGAUCGGGCGAGCGGCUUUGGAUUAGAGUUGAUCCGGCGGAGCCGUCAAGCAGUCCAGUGUCAACCUGGGGACGUCUCGUGCGAAAAGUGUUCGAGGUCGUGUAGCAGUGUGGAGGUGUCGCGCCUGCCGGAGUGCUGUGAGGCCUAUAACACUUGCUGCGACCAGUACUUCCAGGCCUGCAAGAAAUGCUCGAGUAUGACGUCUAAGGACCAGUACUUCCCAGAGUACUGCUGCGCUUCCUUUACUGACUGCUGUCACCUCAUCACCACCUUCAACACGCAGGUGAAGCCUCCUGAGCCGGUCAGAGCGCCGUCCAAAUCCGCAUCGCUGAAGAUCCCGACAGUGGCGGCGCCGAAGCCUUCAACCUUCCCCGGCUCGAAGUUUUCGCAGAGAGGAACGCCGAAAAGCCAGAACGCUCCAGUGUUCCUCGAUUCACAGGAUGCAGCCACGGACUCUUUAGGGUUUGAAGCUUUCCAACCUCCAGAAAUCAAACCGGAUGAACCUCAGCCACCAGUGCCUCAGUCCCCAGUACAAGAGCCCCCAGAAGUUCAACCUACAGUAACUAGGGGUCCUGCCCAGCGUGGGGGUGGCAGAGGAUCCCCGUCACAGGGAAGAGGGCAGCAACCAAGGCCCCGUCAGAGGCAACAAGGUGGUCAUCGCCCCUCCCAGAACCUGGAAGAGAGACGGGGUCGAAUCACUUCCCGUGGCCGAGUCAUAUCCUAGUCCCCAACCAAGUCUCCUAGUCCCCAGCUGAUUGCCCUAGCCACCAGCUGGCUGCUCUCAGCGCUCUGGCUUUCUACCUAAUUCUUCUCAGCUAUCAGUCUUCUUAUUCCAAAGUGGACGUCUCACGUCAUAUUAUGUUAGAAGCCAGCUGGACUUCCUCAACCACCAAGCCCUCAGUCUUCGAUCUUCUAGCCCCAAAUGGCCUUUCUCAGCUCACGAGCUAUAAGAAGCUCUUUUCAGCCCUUUGAACUCCUAUAUUCCUAAGUGGACCUAAACAACUCUUUGACAUCCUAGUUCUAGGGGAAGGGAAAACCUUGGCCUUCUCGUUGCAGAUGUCUCCCUACGUUCCAGCAGUCUGAGAGUCUCAGUAAACAAGUCCUCAGCCAUACUUCCUCCCUGCUCAUCCGUGCUCUCCAAUGAUGUUUUCAGAGACUAUCCAUACCUUUCGCACUGAUUUUUGUCAUAAAACUGACGAUAUUUCAAUGUUUGGUUGACUUUCUUUAUAUUAAAGCCUCGAUAGUUGUCAUCCACACUCUACAUCCUCAAGAAAAUUGCUACCUGUCUCUGGAACUCUACUGACUCAACAACUUUCCUUCCUCACUCCGUGUACAUAGUAUCGCCAGUACCUUGGUAUCUCUGUUAUAAAGUAUGAAUGUCUGCGGGGCUUGUUACAUUUCUGUAUUUUGGGACCUUCUUACCAGACAGCUAACUCAUCAUUUCAACUCACAUUGCUCCCUGAACCUGGUCCUCAAAUAUCCUUCCUCAUCUGUUUGUGCUUUUACCACAUCGGCAUUACUAGUGGAAAGUGAAGUCUGAUAAAGAAAUGUGUCUGGGGCACGAAAAACAUUGUGGAAGACUACCUUGCCAACUCAAAUCUAAUCUCCCUCAAAUCGCCCGAUGCUGCUACACGUAGCGCUGCAGAACUUACAUAUCCUAGACUUCACUAAUCACUAAACAUGCUCGUAUGGUUACGGCCUAAAGUAGGACCAGCAUUACCACCUUGCAUCACCAUCGUCUCCUUUAUGCCUGUGACAAUGUAGAUGUCUGUGAUUGUCUCCCUGAUAACCUUUCUCUGUUACUUGUGUAUUGUCUUCAUCAUCCGUUAUCCUCCCAUCUCUACCUGUUAAUAGUGAUGAGUCUUGCCAGCCCGAAGAUGUGCCCCUACCUGCCACAUCAACGCCUCUGCCACAUCAACACCUCCGUCACACCUAAAGGCAACAUCUCACUAUCAAACCGAAAGGUGUCAAAAUAAACAUCUAUGAUUCCUCUCUGUAUUUCC